CUACAAAAAUACUGCUGCUGUUCGCUCUGUCCCAGCGACUUGGUGCGCACAGAGAAACUCUUAUCUGCAAUGCAUUUGAAACAAAAAGGAUACUGCUUCGGUGUCCUUCUCAUUUACACCAUCACAACAAUAACUUUACCUCCAGUGGGCUGGUGUGAGUCCACUGUUUACGCAUCGCAAACAAACUCUCAUUUGAUUCUUCACGAUGACAGGAAGCGCGAUUUAACGAGCGGAGGCCUCACUCAUCCCCCCAGCCGAGGAGGGGGCGGACGGUUACACCUGGACUCGAGAAGUCUUCCAUACAUUGACAACCUGGACAACGGUGAGGAGACACAGACUAAAACCUCUGGAAGGCCUGAACGGACAAACAAACUCAGAAUGGCGUCUACUACUUCGAGCAACAGAAGCUUCAAGAAUCAGGAGAAAGUGAAGCAAACGGAGGGGGAGUGGGAGUCCACUUCAACUAAUCCUCCCGAUGAGGUCUGCAACGAAGGGAAAAUUAAGCCUGUCGUCCACGGCAAGUUUUACAUUACUGGUCAACUUAAAGCAAGCGUCCCAAGUGCAGGCUACCAGUCAGAUUCUGCUGUUUCAGGCCCGGGUAGGAUCAGAGGUCAGUGGCUCAGACACUCGAAGGAGAUCUGGCAGAGGCUGCAGCCUGUGGUGGAGUGUGGAGAUGACGCCAUGACCCUGACUGUCAGGAGGAAACGAGCUGUACAGCUGCGGCUGGACCGGAGUGAGGUGAAUGAGUCAUCUGUGCCGUUUUCCCAACUGCCACCACAGUGUGGCUACUCUGUACAGACCACAUGGACGGACCUCAGUCUCACAUCUCAGUAUGAUGCCUGCCAUGUCACACUGGAGGAUGACAGCUAUGUGUUGCCUCUGCUAUGGAGGGGGACGCCAGUCAAGAUGUCCUGCCCAACCUCUCAAAUCUGGUCACAGGCCGUGGGCCUACUGUCUCCACCCUCCGUCUGCUGCUCUCAGUAUGGUAUGACCGUCAAAGUGCAGGGACUGUCUGCUGCAGAGGCGCUGAGGGUAAACGUCAGAGGCGAGUGGACCCCUUUGAUGCUGUUUGCUGAGCAGUGUGGUUACACUCUGGACAGACGAGACACAGAGAUUGUUAUUGCUGCUCCAUUCAUUGCAUGUGGCAUCACAGUAAAGGAUGGAAAAUACACACUUUCUCUUCAAGUAGGAGAGACAACAUUCACACUGGCCUGUCCUGUCUCUUAUCCUAAAGAACUCCCACUAACCUAUCAGUCGCUGGUCAACGGUCCUCCAACCAGAGGGCCAGCAGAGCACACGUCAGCAUCCCUGGAGACAUUUCCAUGGACUCCACCUUUCUACUUGGCCCCGCCUUACUAUCCUCACCCUACGUAUCACUACAAGUAUCCAAGUCCAGAUGGAUAUGACGAAUAUAAUCCCCAUCCUCCCUCACCUUCAACUCCUGACACUAAAUAUGGGCUACAGGCCUACCCUUCUGUCAAUUCCCAUUUAGACUCUCAGGGCUACUACGGCCAGCAGAUUCCUGUAAAAGAAUCCGAUUUGAAUUUUGGUGUCCACAGUUCUCAGUCAUCUCUAAGCGAUAUGGGGGAUUCAAGUCUGCUGUAUCCAGAUCUACAGCAGAAUCAAGAAACUCCUGUCUUAGGUCUCUCUGAAAAGCGUAGUGCUGCACAUUCUCCCUCCUCAAAUGCAGGUUUUCCACUUCACAUCGAGUCACUUCCUCUCCAACCCCACAGCCCUACCCUCAAUCAAUACUAUCACUACUACCAUCAGCCUAAAGUCCCUCUUCCUGACCUACCUCAAGACCUUGAUCCAGAUCCUAAGUCUCAUAACCCUGAAUCUCCAGUGUCUGAGGCUCUUAACAGAUUUAACUUGGACCAGUUCUUUCAGCAUGAGGCUGCCUCUCAUCCUUACACUCUUCCAACAAGUGCACCUUAUACACCUUAUCCUCCGCAGCCAUAUCCGUACCGCUACUUGUCUUACUUUCCAUAUCUUGCUAGGGGCCAGGCCAAAAGAUUGGCGCCUCUCAAUCCUGACGUGGCCUCAAAAACAAAUUUGCUUGAUCAUCAAAACACAAAGUCGAGCUCCUUUGUUGAUCCACUUCCUCACACAUCAGAAGAUGAUGAAGAAUACAAGUUUCAUCUAUACAUAGAUCAGCCAAACCCAGAUGAAAUGAUUCACUUUAAAGAAAAUAGCCCUGACUGGACCAAACACCCACUUUUGUCUGACAGUGAUGGUGUAAAAGAGGUGCAGCUUCCUUUACAACAUGCUGAUGCAGAUUCUCCUCCUGAACGACCCUUUUUCCCCAAAAAUAAUCUUCCUUCUUACCCAUAUGAUGAAUAUUAUCCUUAUUCUCAUUACUACCAGCUGUAUUAUGGACCUGAGAGUUUACUCAGUCAUGUGUCUCCAACUUCAUCCAAAGAAGCUUUAGAUCCUCUACUUAAAGCGUCCUCCUCCCCACCGCAGCAGCACUUGUAUCACAAACCUCAAACCACUGCUCCACCCACAAAAUCAAUGUAUGACAUUCACCUUGACCCUCUGCAUCCUUACUAUUAUUACCACCUCUUCUACCAUCCUGAAGUGUCUGUGGACAACGAGCAAGUGCAUCCCACCACCAGUAUGAACUCAAAAUCAGAAUCUCUGCUUCCCUCAGACUCUGCCACUGAGGCAGGAUAUCCCAACAUGCCUCAGUCAAGUCCCCUUCAUGGCCUCUAUCACCAUGAUAUCACACCACAGCAUCCAUAUGAUUCUUUUGGGCAUCCUGAUGGUGAUGAAGGAGAAGAGAGACUGGAUAAUGAUGUGAAAGUGGGACAGCAUUUGAUCUUUGCAGUGCCUGACUCGGUGCUGGAGUCCGCAGUGCCCCCCCUGGCUCACUCCCCUGAGGUCAUUAAUGUGUCCUGCACUCUGCAGAGGCUGACCUCUGACCCUGACAUCUACAUCGUCCUCCUGGAUGACUGUGAAGUGAACAAACAUAUGUUUGGCAGACAGACAGUGGUUCAUCUGUUGGAAGUCUGUGAUAUUGAUUCUCUUCAGCGAGACUACAGUUCUGUGCAUGAGGACUCUCCUGUCAGGUUGAUGGUGGAAUGUAGUUCUUCCCCAGCUUCUCAACAUGAAGUGAGGCUUCAUAUGAUUAAUCAGCCUCGUCCACAUCCUGUUCUGUCUACAUCAGCUGUAGUCACUGUGCAACUGAGAAUUGCCACAGAUGAGUCCUUCACCACCUUCCACCCUGAGGCUCAUCUACCUCUUGGCCUCAUUCGAGGCAGACCAGUUUAUGUGGAAGUGAGACUACUGGACCCCCCAGAGCCAGGCCUGGUUCUGCUGGUUCACUCCUGCCUGGCUUACAGUCCUGCUCCGUAUGCCAGCUGGAUGCUUGUUUACGAUGGCUGUCCCAGCCAGGGUUUUUCUCAGUUACUUCACUCCCCACGGUCUGAUCACAUCCGGAGGAUCAUAAUUUAUAGUUUUCUGUCUCAUUCAGAAAGUCCCAUCUACGUAGCUAACAGAGGAUACUCUCACCUAGAAGACCCAGAGAUCUUUUUCUUGUGCUUGACAGAGGCGUGCUCUACUGCUGAUGGUGACUGCACUGUGGGCUGCGUCAACAGUCCCAACAGUGACGGACGAGCAAAGAAUAAAUAAAGACACUUUUACAAAACUGCACCCUUGUUGUUUUGUGAAAAUUAUAAGGACACAAGAAAAUCCAUCUGUGGAAUAUUUAUUUUAAAAACUGUGAGCUUCAAAACAAUGCUAUAUUUUACUGCACAGUACAGAUAAAGAACAAAAGCAGUUUGAGGCAUUCAGUUUUCUCUCUGAACAGGACAACGUUAUUGUACUUGUAUGUGGUCACAGAAGCUUUCAGCAGGAAUGGAAACAUGAGUGAAUUGAAAUGGCUGAACAUGACGUCUGGGAAUGGCAAUGUGUUUCACUGAUUCAAAUCAGAAAACAUGAAGAAUGUUUCUGUCAAUGAGGUGCUUUUCUGAUUAGUCCUGUGAAUGUUGUCAUGAAUGCAAGUAAUUUGGAGGAAAAAAAAAAACAAACUGGCAAAAGAGAAACUAGUCUAGGGUACCCUUGAAUGAUUGUAGUUCUAUAGUGUAGAAAUGAAUUCUUAGUAAUAAGAAGGUGAAACUAACUGUCAUUACGUUCUGACGUGGUGUCAAUUUAAUCUCACCUUAAAAGCUUAUUAAACAGUUGGAAAAAAAAAAAGAUCCCUUAUGCAUUUACACAUAACUCUUUUGGCACAUUUUGUCAUAUCUGCCAGUGGCUCAAAGAGUAUUUUAACUCUUCCACGUGUGGCAACACAGAAACACAAACAUCAGAAGCAGUAUUUAAUGGAACGUUCAGAUGUGUAACAGACAAGAUCUCCCUUUACCUUCCUAGCAGUUAUUAAAUGGAUAUGUUCUCAGUCUUGGGUUACUUACUUAUUCCCACAAUGAUGUACAGGCUCGUCAGUCUAGAAAGCACAUGCUGUCUAGUUUCUAGUUGGAUGAAUAAUUGCUAAUUACAAGCAACAUCCAUUUCACAUGAUGAAUGAUUAUUU